CAGGGAAGUGUUCGUGGAAUUUUCUAUUUCUAUCAUUUGUGUGGAAUUUCUCCGCGGACUGUAGUAGUGAGCUUCGUAAUUUUAUUGGGGUGCAUGACAUUUAAAAAUUUUAAUGUAACUGUCGUUUUUUUUCUUUCAAUUUCAUUGAAAUUUGUUUUUGCUUGAGUUUCAUUGAGAUGAGGUGUUGGAGAGGCAGUAAAAGGUGGAGUAUAUUCUGCAAAUCAGGAAUGCCCGUAUAAAAGUACAUUGAGAAAAAGUCAGCUAUCCCUAUUUGGUGCCAUGUGAUUUAUCGAGCUGAUUCAGGCAGAAGGGCUUCGUGGAAGCAGCUCAGAAGAGUAUUUGACUCCAUCACAGUCGCCGGUGAAGUUACCAAAAUCACCCCGAGGUUACAGAGAAGGAUUUAAGAAACAGGGAUCGGGCUUUUACGUUUAACUUUUCAUGGAAACCAUUAUAGGAUGAAAUCGACAGACGAAGUUGUGUACGGUUGAGCACGCUCUGUGUACUUGCACUGGUCUUAGGGUAUUAAGACAGGAUGUGUUUGGAAUAUCUGAAAUGAAUCUGGGAAGUGUCGCCGUACUUAAUGUAGACACUUUCCUAGCUUUUUGGAAGAUUUUGGAUUGAUUUAUGUUAAGUGUCAAAGCAGUGUCUUACCGCCUUGGGGGAUACGAAGAGCCUUAGCGGCUCAGUGAUCUUCAGCACUGCUUUGGAGGACAACAACAAUCUACAAUCUACAAUGGAUAGAAAUCUGUGUGACGAUAUUUUCCCGCUAUUUUAUUGCCCAAGGAAGAGGGAAUCCCGUACCUUUGAAACGUCUUAAAUAAAGGCCUGAUGAUGACCAAUAUAUUUGGCCGAAACGCGUCGCUAAACUAAACAUCGACUUCAUUCACUGAUGAGUGCUCCCCCGAAGAAAAAAAAAGCGAGUUUACAUUUCAUAACGUAACAUAGAUCUCAAAGAGAAGUGCAAAGACUGCAUAAUUCCGGAUACCAAAGCUAAGGAAAUGGUGGAUUAGUCCGGAUUCAGCUUUACAAUUUUAGCCAGAGCUUUUGUCAAUGCACAAAAAUCUUACAAUUUUGUAACUCUAUAAAAAGCCGGAGCAGGGUAUACAUUUUAUCUUGUUGAUGAACCUCUUUUUGUACGCCAACAAACACAGAAGCAAGUGAAAGUGAUUCGAACUGGAGGGUGGAUGACUGUGCGAGGGUGGCCGAAUGAGGGUGCCGAGGUUCUUGCUAGCCGCUCAUCGAGCUCGGCGUUCAGUCAGAAAAAUCGCGUCCGCGAGGUAGCCAGCAGCUACAUCCCUAGCGCGCGUUUUGUGUCGGAAUGAUAAGGUGGUGAACAUCUUGUGAAGUUCUAUCGUGAUGGCAGCUUCUGUAUACGCCACUCCACCACCUGAUUUAAGUGGCGAAGACACAGCCCUCAGCGAUAUUUCAAAUUCUUCACAAGCCAACAGUACAAAUUCAACGUCACAGAAAUUAGCCACCAAAAGAACUUUGUCAACAUCAUCCUCAUUUGUGAAUAAUUCACCGAAUUCAUGCAACUCAUCAUCUACCACUGGAUCAACAACAGCUGCUGCAGCAAAUAAUGGAGGUGGUGGCGUGGGAGAGUCCACGGCGGCGGAUCUUUCGAAAAAGCGACGUAAACAGUCAACACCUAUUAGGAUCUCAGCUCUCUCGGAUACAGUGGGUGCAAAUAAUGGGGUGGGUGAGGAAAUGAUGAUGGACUCAUUGGCGGAUAAAUCGGUGGAUGUUGUGCAGAAAGCGGCACUUCUUUUUGGACACCUGCAGCAGUUGCAGGAUUCACAGAGUCCGCACGAGCAGUCGGCCAAUGAGAUAAACUUUGCUUCAUUCGUUGAAACAGAAAUGAAGUCCCGCAGUACAGAUGCAUCUGAAGAUGAUGAUGAGGGCAAUCGAUCCCCUUGCAUGCUAAAUUGCACGGAGUGUGAAGCGAAAUUUCGAUCAGAGUUAAAAUUGAAGAUUCAUCUAAUGCAUGAACACAAGAUUGUUUCCUUCAAGGAAACACAGAACAGAGGAUCCCCGGAAGCUGGGGAGAAAAUUAAUGAAUUACCAAUGAUUCGAGUGAAAAAGGAACCAAUGGAGUGGGAGGGUGAAGAGCGCCGUAUGGAGGCUACAAACUCUUCCAAACAGGACGACUGGUUAGCAUCGCUUGCAACAGCAGGACUCCCAUUUCCAUUUCCACCAGAAGCUGCGGCUGCACUAACUGCUGGCGGUUAUUUGCCACUCCUGGGCGUUCCACCUGUGGCUCCAUUCUCAACGAAUGCCGAUGGCCUCCCUUUGCCACGUCCAAAUGCACCCCAGUUGCGCAUCUUCAAUCCCGAAGCAUACUGCGACCUGUGCAACAAGGAAUUCUGCAACAAGUACUUCCUCAAAACGCACAAGGCUAACAAGCACGGCAUCUAUGAGACUCCUGUGCCAACUGUAAAUGAAGUCGCUCAGGCUGGUGAGCGCCAGGCGCAGCAGAUUCAUCAGAGCAUGGCGCAGGUGUUCCAGCAACAGCAUCAGCAGCAACAGCAGCAACAACAGCAACAGCAGCAACAAAAUCUGCUACCGCCAGAGCCGACAAUUUUCUGUGACAUUUGCUACAAGAAAUUCACAAAUAUAUUUGCCAUGAGGCGUCACAGGGCUAAAGCUCACGAAACUGAGGAUAACAAGACGGAACAGGAAUCAUUUGAUGGAGAAAAUCAACCAUUUAGGCUGCCAGAUGAUUUUCGCCAGGACUUUACAAUUGAACAAGAAGACACGAAUUUUACACCACAGCCACGAAAAUUGUCACCAGCAUCGAGUCAGCAGGCAAGAGAAGCGAAUUUCAGCGUGGAGAAACUAAAACGACUUGGUGUAAUCAAUCCUGAAGCAUUCUGUGAACUAUGCUGCAAGGAAUACUGCAACAAAUACUUCCUACGGACGCACAAGCUAAAACGUCAUGGAAUUUUGAUGCCACCAGAUGAUGCCAAGGAGAAUGUAAAUGAACGCAAUCCUUGGCACUAUGUGCAAACAAGUCCGCUUAAUCUUAUUAUGGGAGCUGACUUUGGUCAAGUACAGCAACUGCAGCAGAAGAUGCUUAAUGAGAUAGCUGAGAGACCUCUUAAGUCUCCGGCAGAGAAGACAGCUUUGGAUGGAAAAUACAGCGGUGAUGCAAUGAAAUCCGAUGAAGGUGACAAGACAACCGACUCUAAAUCACCUAGACGAACUCCAACGUCUCCUAUGACUGUUGCACAAGGAGAUACAGAUGCUAUAAGUGUUGAUCUGCAGAAGCUUCAGUCGAUGAUUCUCCAGCUAAAUGAUCUCAAUGCACAGCGAGCUACUCAGUGUACAGUUUGUGGUAAGGAGCAAGAGAACCAAUACAUGUUGCAUGCUCACAUGAUUGCAGAACAUGGAAGUAUGACGUCUGCACCGGUGGAAAAUAUCAAAACCAGCCGUAGUUCAACUCCAGGCCCUUCGGCUCAAACAACUCCGAGUCAACCGACUGGAGAAAUGUGCAAACAGUGCGAUAAGGAGUUUCCAAAUAUUGCAAGUCUCAAGCAACACGUUGUGGAGGUUCACACAUCCUCUGCUAGUCCUCCGUUACCAAAUCGUGAAGGUUUCGUAACGCCUGAGCGUCCUAGUGGAUCAGUUCUCCAAAUGCCAGCUACACCACAUCAGGCCGAUCGUCGACCACCCUAUACAAUUACACCAACAUCAAGCUACUGCGAAAUCUGCAAUAAAGAGCUGUGCAACAAGUACUUCAUGAAAACUCAUAUGCAGAGGAUGCAUGGGAUUGAAAUAGAAAAUGGCGCUCAGAUUGGCGGUGUGAUCUGCAACAUUUGCAACAAGGAACUGUGCAGUAAAUAUUUUCUACGUGUGCACAAGCAUAACACGCAUGGAAUAGUCGAGGAGGGUGCUCCGCUACCUCAAUCACGUCAGAAUGGAGAUCAAGCUACUGCAGCAAGCGCAGAGGAAACAUCUGGCUUUGGGAGCAUUGAUGGCAGUAGCAACAUGAAACCGGGUGACUUGGCAGAUCUCAGUAAUCGCUAUUUCUCCCACUUCACCGAAGUUUGUCCCCUCUGUAGUCGUCGAUUCCGCAGUUCGAAGUGGCUUCGAGCACACUUAAUGAGUGAUCACGGGAAAGCGGGAACGGAUAAGCUACGUGACAUUGAACAGAGACUAAAUCUAACAAAAGCACACAGUCCCACGCUCAAAAUUCCUAAUGGGGCUUUUGGCCUUGCAGCCGAAGCUAGUGCUCUGAAGUCUUCACUCUCGGGGUUGUUUGUAACACCACCUGGCACUGCAAAUGUAGCCACAAGUGUUGCUGAUGAGGCUAUCAUGAACAGCGGUGGUAGUGGACGAAUGAAAGACUACCAGUGUUCUUUCUGUUCCUUCUCGACACCCUACUACGCUUUCCUCUUCAUCCAUGAACGUUCUCAUACCCUCAUCAGUCCUGCUGCUGUUGCAUCACUCACUGCAGCAGCAUCACAUCGCAAUCCACCGAGUAGCCAUCAGUCUGAGGGAGCUGUGUCACUUGCAAAGGAGCCACUUAGUAUGUCGCGGCACUUUCAGCCACCACCGCCACCGCCCGCCGCCACCUCCAGCGACGUCGCCUCGGCACCACCCACCAUGACCAAGUCUGAAUCCAACAGUAUGCUCGCUGACAUGGCUAACCUGACGCAGCGUCCAGCCAUCUAUGCCCUGCCACAGGAAUCUGAACCAAUGAUCAUGCAGUCAUUCCUCCUGGAAGAAGCCAUGGUAACUGAAUCAACUAAGGAUACAAACAGGUUUGUGCCAGCAGUUGUCUUUUUGCCCGUACGUGAGCGCAUCAGUACCUCCAUUACGGUGUCGUUCUCAUUGACGCCUGCCUAGAGGCUCCUACCACCAUCAUCUGACCUUUUCUUUAGCCUCCCCUACGAACCUGUGAUCCCCAUGAACUUUCCCCCUGUCCCUCUAAGCUCCAUGCGAACCUCGCAUUCCAUUCCAAUGAUCCAAAGACAACCCUCAAAACAUUCCACAUGGGGCUUUCCUUUCAUUAGAGAAUCAAAUUGUAUGUAUCCAAUGCGACAAGAGAAGAAAGCUCUCAGGGGAAAAUCCUCAGAUAAGGGAGGGUAAGAUAACAAAGCAAAACAUGACGAUUAUGAAGAAAUCAACACAAAAACGGAAAGACUGAGAACGAGUUUUUUGUUAAAACGAAAAGACAUUUUCAUGAAUUUUGACCACAAAACUUGGCUUAGGGCUAAGUUAGCCAUCAAACGAGGUCGUCUUCCGGAGGCUACAUCCUUAAGCGGGGACAUCUGAAAGACCUAAAAUAUACAAGAAAAGGCAAAAAGAGGAAUCGACGCAAACAAAAUGAGAAAACACCUUACACCUAAAGAAAAAACAAAAAUAUCGAGAACAUCUUGUUAAAUAAUAAUUGUAGUUUUAUUAAUGAAUUUUUUAAAAAGAAAAAAAAAUGAGGAUGGAAUGAGAACUAAAUAGAGUCAAAUAAUAAAUUCUAGUUAUUAAAGAAGAAGAAUAAAAUUAUAAUUCUUGGUGAUGUUCUAACAAAGUUCCUAUAAAUAAAUCUAAUGAAAGUAUAAAGAGUAAAACUAGUGGAGAUAACGAUGGAAAUUAAAAGAUUAAAGUCUUUUUUUCAUGGAAAUAAACUAUCUCGAUAUAAGAAGGAUACAAAAUCAAAUCAAUAAAUGAUAAAAAGAAACAUUUUUGAAUUAAAUUCUUGAAAUUUUAGGGGUUUUUUUAAGUUAUAAAUUAUUGGCUUUUGCUCAAAAAAUUUUUCCCAAUUCUCCAAAUAAAAUUUGCAUAAAGGAUAUCUAUAUAAUAAAGAAAGGUCUCUCUAAAAUUUCGUUCCUGUUCAUCUAUGCAUUUCUACACCGUUGGUCCGAUCGUGAUGAAAUUUGGUAGAGAGACUCCUGAUACCAGGCGGUUUUUACCAACGACAUUCAUUUUCCCCCCAGAGCCCCCCUUCACAUAGCCCCCAUAUAAAAAUCACGCUUUUUUGACUACUUUUUGAAUCUGGCGCCAUAAAUGUUGUAUGAAAUUCACUUUUUCCCUUUGAAAUAUCUGUUGGAGGUUUUUGUGUGGCCCAUCUAUAUAAUAAAGAAAGGUCUCUCUAAAAUAUGGUGUCUGUUCAGUUAUGCAUUUCUACACCGUUGGUCCGAUCGUGAUGAAAUUUGGUAGAGAGACUCCUGAUACCAGGCGGUUUUUACCAACGACAUUCAUUUUCCCCCCAGAGCCCCCCUUCACAUAGCCCCCAUAUAAAAAUCACGCUUUUUUGACUACUUUUUGAAUCUGGCGCCAUAAAUGUUGUAUGAAAUUCACUUUUUCCCUUUGAAAUAUCUGUUGGAGGUUUUUGUGUGGCCCAUCUAUAUAAUAAAGAAAGGUCUCUCUAAAAUAUGGUGUCUGUUCAGCUAUGCAUUUCUACACCGUUGGUCCGAUCGUGAUGAAAUUUGGUACAGAGACUACUGAUACCAGGCGGUUUUUACCAACGGCAUUCAUUUUCCCCCCAGAGCCCCCCUUCAUAUAGCCCCCAUAUAAAAUUCAUGUUUUUUUUACUACUUUUUGAAAUUGGCGCCAUAAAUGUUGUGUGAAAUUCACUUUUUCCCUUUGAAAUAUCUGUUGGAGGUUUUUGUGUGGCCCAUCUAUAUAAUAAAGAAAGGUCUCUCUAAAAUAUGGUGUCUGUUCAGUUAUGCAUUUCUACACCGUUGGUCCGAUCGUGAUGAAAUUUGGUAGAGAGACUCCUGAUACCAGGCGGUUUUUACCAACGACAUUCAUUUUCCCCCCAGAGCCCCCCAUCACAUAGCCCCCAUAUAAAAAUCACGCUUUUUUGACUACUUUUUGAAUCUGGCGCCAUAAAUGUUGUAUGAAAUUCACUUUUUCCCUUUGAAAUAUCUGUUGGAGGUUUUUGUGUGGCCCAUCUAUAUAAUAAAGAAAGGUCUCUCUAAAAUAUGGUGUCUGUUCAGUUAUGCAUUUCUACACCGUUGGUCCGAUCGUGAUGAAAUUUGGUAGAGAGACUCCUGAUACCAGGCGGUUUUUACCAACGACAUUCAUUUUCCCCCCAGAGCCCCCCUUCACAUAGCCCCCAUAUAAAAUUCAUGCUUUUUUGGCUACUUUUUGAAUCUGGCGCCAUAAAUGUUGUGUGAAAUUCACUUCUUCCCUUUACAUUUUUUUUUGAUAUUGAUAAGUGCAUGCUUCAUCACAAUUUUUCUCUUUCUAAAACUUGCGCGAAGCGCAACAAAUCCCCGCGAAGCGGGGCGAGGUAAAUUGGAGCGAAGCGACAAUUUACCUCGUUUGCUAUAUAGAUUCAACAAGAGAAUUAUAUACCUACAUAAUUCCUAAACAGAGAGCCAGGUUUAAUUUUUUUAAACAAUAUACAGGGUUAUUCUCAAUAUUACAGGAUUAAUUCAAAACCAGGAAAUUGAUUCAUUUAAAAUUU